AAGCCCUUACCUUCUAACAGAGCCAAAUACCUACUAAGGAUCUCUCCAUUUUUCAUAUUUGAAAAGGAAUCGCACAUAAUCUUCAAGCAUUUUGUUUAGAGUAAGAAUAGUAAGGAUUACUGGUGGCUUAGUUAUUUGGCAGGAGAUGGCUGGUUGGUGCUUGUUCACUUUUCAGUGUUGCCUAGAUUAAAGAGCAUUCAUAGUUUUAAUGAAGGAUAUAAUCAAGCUUAGGUUCCUGAUUUACAAAAUUAUUGGGUUUGGAUGUAGUAGUUCACCUUCUGAAGUUAACUUUCAAGCAAUAAUUACACAUUAACAUGGAACAACCCCCAACAGCUGACUUUGUCAGCUGUCAAGUAGGAUUGAUUCAACACAGUAGAAGACUUCCCUGUGAAUCAUCAGGCAGCUUAAAGUGAGGUAGUCCCACUUUAUGCUAGAAACUGCAGUGUGCAUAUUAGACAUAACCAUCUCUCUGUCCUCUCUGUGUAAGCUUUCAACAUGUUGGACAGAAAAGUCUGCUGGAAAAGUAGUGAUUCUGAUCUGUGAGGGAGUUUGAGUGCCUAUUCUGUGAUCAGUGAUUUGAAAAAAAUCAGUUGUUUCCUCUCUUUUUCUUACUCAAGUUCUCUACAAUAGUAUUUCUUCUUUCAGUUGGGAAAUGUAAAGUGCAAUGGCUUCUGGCUGGGUUUGUGAGCUAGUUCAGCUGCACACAGCUGUGCUUCUUUAAAAUAAGUUGUUUUUUUUUCUUUCUUAUGAACUGCUAAUGAUGCACAAAUCCAUUUCUGUUUUAUUUUCUGCACUUACGCAGUUGACUUGCAAUUAAAUUGCUUGUUCAGAAAUGGUAAUAAGAUGUCUAAAGCCAUGAAUUAAAAGGAAACCUUUAAGUUGGAAUGUAUGCGGCAUAUACUUGGUUAUGGUUAAUAGAAAAGCAGGCCUUCCCAAGACUGUAGAAGUUUCAGUGUGACAUAACUGAGAGGAAUGCCUCAAUGUUCUCAUUUAUUAAAAGACUCACUUUUAUCACAGGUUCACGUACAAUCUGACAUUGCUACUUUAAUUGUUCUAGGAUCAAUGGGUGUAUUUUUCACCUCAUCUAAAGUGGUUCCAUGUCUUGUUUGGACUGUUCCUGUAUUCUACGUACACCAGUUGAGUCAAUCCAACCAGAAAAGCAAUCUCAGAGCAGCAGCCAUGAAUCCCUGGCUGAUUCUGAGCUAGCCUGGAUUCCCCCAUCUAAAGGAGGGAAUGAAAUGAUAUUUUGCUCUUCCAAUGUCUCUCACUAUGAACUCCAGGUGGAAAUAGGAAGGAGAUUCAACAACUUAACUUCAAUCUACCUUGCACGGCAUACCCCUACAGGCACACAAGUUGCCAUAAGGAUCACAGACCUAGAAAGCUGCUCAGAAGAGCAUUUGAAAGCCUUACAGAAUGAGGUGGUUUUAUCCCACUUUUUCCAGCAUCCCAACAUAAUGACGCUUUGGACAGUGUUUACAGCUGGUAGUUGGCUUUGGGUCAUUUCUCCAUUCAUGGCCUAUGGUUCUGCGAGACAUCUGCUGAAGACAUACUUUCCUGAAGGAAUGAGUGAAGCUUUGAUAGGGAACAUUCUGUUUGGUGCAAUCAGAGGAUUAAAUUACAUGCACCAGAAUGGCUACAUUCACAGGAAUGUUAAAGCUAGCCACAUUCUGAUUUCAGGGGAUGGACUAGUUUCUCUCUCUGGCUUAAACAACCUGUACAGUUUAGUUAACAAUGGACAAAAGUCAAAGGUGGUGUAUGACUUUCCUCAGUUUAGUACAUCUGUACUACCUUGGCUGAGCCCUGAACUACUGAGACAGGAUUUGUCUGGGUAUAAUAUGAAAUCUGACAUCUACAGUGUGGGAAUAACAGCAUGUGAAUUAGCCAAUGGACAUGUUCCAUUUCAAGACAUGCCUCGCACUCAGAUGCUGCUGCAGAAGCUGAAAGGUCCUACAUACUAUCCCUGGGAUAUAAAUGCCUUCCCCCAUGGGGAAUCCAGAAUGAAGAAUUCCCAAUCAGGUGUUGAUUCUGGAAUUAGUGAGAGUCUGACACGCACGAUGACAAGCGAAAGACUACAAAGUCCUGUUUCCAAAACAUUUUCCCCUGCAUUCUACGACUUGGUAGAACUUUGCUUGCAACAGGACCCUGAGAAAAGGCCAUCAGCAAGCAGUUUGCUUUCUCAUACGUUCUUCAAACAGGUAAAAGAACAAACACAGAACUCACUACUGUCCCUAUUACCGCCCCCUGUUCAAAACAACAGAUCAGAGUUCUUGACACUGCCCUCAGCAGCAGCUGAGGCUGGAUUUGGAUGUAAUGCUGCAACUCAACAUGUUGCAGCAUUCCCCGACUGGGAAUUCUAAGCAGAUACCAAGCAAUCAUACCUCUCUUGUGCUUCAAAGAAGGAAAAUGUGAUUUCUAGUUGCUGCUUUAGUUUGUAUGGUUGAAAUACAGUUAUACACUGUAUACUUGAAAAUGCAGUUAAAGUGGCCAUGUUCCAUUAACUUCAUCAUAUGUUUGUAUCGGGAAGUGCAGUAUGCCUCAUUUUUUCAGAUCUCAAGCAAAACUGCAUGUAAGGAACAACUGAAUUCUUAUCUCCCUCUUUUGAAAUAUUUCUUAACAAAUGUGAGGGUUCCUGCUGUAUUUUCACUUUAUACUGCACUUUUUAGCUCGUAUUACUGCAGUCCAAGUGCCUUUCUGAAUUCAGGCUUUGUCUUUUGUCCAUGGCUUUUCUUCAGUAUUCUAUUUAUCUUUCAUUGUUGCCUAAAUUAUCUCAGUGAGGAGUAAUCUUCCAUUUUCAAGCCUAAAUUUGAAACUGCAGAAAUGAGUUUCUUAUACAAAUCAUGUUUCUUUCUCCUGCCUCUCAAAAGGUGAAUUGGCCAAUUGACAUGCAUUGGUCAGUGUUUGCCCUGAAUUAGCUAUCAGUCAAGACUUUUCUGCAGUUUCAAUACUACAUGUUAACCAAAGAAGCUAGUUUAAAAUGCUUUUGCAUUUUUCUGCAUCCUUAAUGCAGAUCUGUGCUUUUGCAUCUCCAUUUACUGUUGCAUCAUCUUAACAAACAAUUUGAGAACCUCUUAUAACAUAAAGGAAGUCUUAAGUUAUAACACAUACAGGUUAAUUUUGAAGACCUGUUAAACAAUCUGAAGUCCCUGUAUGUAUUUUUGUUUAUACUGUGUACCUGUCCAUCACCAAGAAUUAUCUCGACCUAAUAUUGUUUUCUCAAAAGAAGUUACAAAACACAUUAAGCUUCACCUGUGUUGCUGCUUGCAAACAUCUUCUGCAGUCAGAUUCCCAUGAUUCAAUUCAGGGCACAAAUUCACAAGAAUCUGAGAGGUUUUAUUGUCUCUUUCCUGAUGAAAAACUGCCCUUGUGCCCACAAAAUCACUAACUUUUCAUCUCCCACUCUAGACCAAGCAACUCAAGUUGAACAAAAGGAGCAUUUAUUACUAUUAUUAUUAAAAACUGCAACCUCAUCAUGUUUUAGAAAAAGCUGUGUCCCAAGCCACUACUACUUGCUGACAUAUGUUCUGACAAUAGUGAAAAUGUAUAGAUAGUGAAUGGAUACAUUUCAGUUUUUCAACACAUGGAAAUUCCACUGUGAAGUGCUCAAAUCUGACAUGGCUGGGCCUACGUGCAACCAGCCCUGCAAAUACUACUGCUUUGCCAGCAGCUUCUCUUCAAAGCCUUGAAUGCCAAAUGACUGGAAGGCACAACCAGUUCUAAAUAAUCACACUGAAGUAUUAACAAAAUACUUGACACUACUCAUUACGCUGUGAAGGGAACUCAUAGUUCAGAACAUAAUAGGUACAACUAAGCUUAAGAGCCUCUCAAUAAAAACUUGCCCUGUCUGCCUCCAUAUAUUUCUAUAAUUCUUGUACUCCUGUUUUCACAAUUCAAUCAUACUAACAGCUUCUUGUUACUGCAAGAAAUGUUUCAGAUUUAUGUCAGUCAUCAGUUAAGAAAACAGUUGUCUAAACUACUAAGUUACUCUUGUUAAUCAUACCAAUAUUAGCUUGUGGGCUCUUCAGAGAAGACACUAGUCUCACACAAACCCCAUAAGGUUCUUUACCCCUAACCACUGCAAAUCUUGAUUGUUUUAAAAUAAAUUAUGUAGCACUUACAAGUAUUUUUGUAUAAGUAACUGUACAUAUAAUCCCCAAGUCAAGUAAAUGAAAACAGAUAUGAAAUUGCACAUACUUAAAUUAGAGAUGUCUGAACAAACAUUAAUUCACUGUUGUUUGUUUGUUUUUAAGAAAGCCUGAUGCCAAACAUUUCAGGCAGCUGAAGUGCUAGUGUUUGUAAGCUUCACUUGAAAUAACAGCGCUCUGCACUCUGUAACAAUGAACCUGAAUACUAACAACAAAGCGAAGUAAAGAAUAGACCGAUUUAAACAGCCAAAUAUUCCAGUCUCUGGAUUAAGUUUACAGAGAGAUUUGUUGCAAUUCUGCUCAUUAACUGUGUUACUUUCUUCUAAGGAAUAACAUAAAAUGACUUAACACAAAAAUGUGUUAGUGCAUCAGUUAACACAGCAAAUGUGUAACCAAUCAUACUGUUGAACAGGUUACAACUGCAUGGCAUUGAAAACAAGAUACAGUGAUACACUGAAAAUUAGAUACAGUGCUAUGAAGAAGUUUUUGCAUACAAUUUGUAUUUUCAAAACCUGACAUAUGUUAUCUGCAUUGUUAAAAGGGACUUCCUAUUCCAAGCUGACAUGCUUCCAAGCACAAUAAACCUCUAAUUUCUCAGAACAUCCAUGUAUUAACCCUUACUCAUACCAAUUACAUGUUAUUAGCAUACGAACUAGUGCUGAAGUCAGAGUUAAAAUUUUCAAAGAAUCUUGCAUUUAAGCUCAAUGUGAGACAUUGUAAAAAUUUUCAUAUAUUUACAAAAUGUUCUCAUGCCCUGUGAAACAGAAAUUAAUAGAUGGAUUACUUCUGCAAUUUUGACAUUUGUAGAAAUAGAACAGAAGUGGUCUGGGUUUCUUUUUCUUUUCUUUUCUUUUUUUUUUGUGGUUGUUGGUGUU